UCUCUUCAGUCUUGGUCUCUUCAGUCUUGGUGUCCUCAGUCUUGGUCUCUUCAGUCUUGGUCUCUUCGAUCUUGGUGUCCUCAGUCUUGGUCUCUUCAGUCUUGGUCUCUUCAGUCUUGGUGUCCUCAGUCUUGGUCUCUUCGAUCUUGGUCUCUUCGAUCUUGGUGUCCUCAGUCUUGGUCUCUUCAGUCUUGGUCUCUUCAGUCUUGGUGUCCUCAGUCUUGGUCUCUUCAGUCUUGGUCUCUUCAGUCUUGGUGUCCUCAGUCUUGGUCUCAGGUUUCUGUCCAGGUAUUGAUCUGAGGCUGAGUCAGUGUGAGGUCACAGCAUUGUUGCAGUGUAUGAUGGGAGUGUGCCAACAUUCAGAGCUCGAGCACAAAGCUGCACUAACGAGCGUCGCUCGUUAACAUGCAGCAUAUGAUGACUUCCUGUGAAAGACACCGCGGCAGCCACUCUGUCAGAGUGAAGGUGGCCGAGACCACGAGCUGUGGGCAACUGAUAAACAGCAACAAUACACACAAUGAGAUCUGUGAGGGGAGAGGGGGGUCCGCCACUAAUGACUCAUUUAAAUAAUCUGCUCAUUUCUGAUGAGUUUAAUCUUUAAAAAUUCAUUUUUAGCAGCAGCUUCAAUGUCCAACUCUGCACUGCAGAAAAGACUGAGAGCUGCUCUAAUCAAUAUGGUUUUAUCAUAUUUAAUCAAUAGGUUUGUAUUAUAUUUAUUUAUGUAUAUUUACAAAUAUAAAAUGUGUAUUAUGUAUAACAUGUGAAAGUAUAUAAAGUGUAUGAUGUAUAACAUGUAAAAAGUACAUAAAGUGUAUGGUGUAUAACGUGUAAAAGUACAUAAAGUGUAUUAUGUAUAACAUGUAAAAGUAUAUAUAGCGUAUGAUGUAUAACGUGUAAAAGUAUAUUGUGUAUGAUGUAUAACGUGUAAAAGUACAUAAAGUGUAUGAUGUAUAACGUGUAAAAGUACAUAUAGUGUAUGAUGUAUAACGUGUAAACUCUUCAGACCUCACACUCUCUUGUCUCUCCGUGUUUGGACAGAUGUUCUGAGGACUCUCGAGACAAAUGCUCCACAUCUGGACUUCAAUCCAGAGGGGCCCUACCUGUGACCCAGAGUCCAGAGGACCUCCAGAACCAACAACAGAACCAGUGUAAAUGGACACCAUUCAAACACACCUGACCCCGCCCCUCCGGACCAGCCCCACUGCAGCAGCGAGCGCGCUGUCCGGGAACUUCCCCUCACUUUGUUCCAGAGCCGAGUGGGACGGACCGGGUCCGGGACCAGCUGCACACGGGACUCCCUUCUUCGCCGCGGCUCGGAGCCGGACGCGCUGCUGCUUUUACGCGUCUGUGGGUCGGUUCUGUUGGAACAAAACGGGUCUGAGGAGACCCGGACGGACUGCGUAAAGGUCUGCGCGUGGACACGAGGAUCUCUGAUGACUCGCGCGUGCACGGACAGACUGAUUGAUUGAUUGAUUGAUUGACGGGUCAUGUGUCGGACUCUGUAGAGUCCAGUUCUCAUCAUGGACACUCCUCUGCUGCUCUUCAUCAUGAUGAUGAUAAUGAAGACGUCUGGCAGCAGAGCAACAGAGACGAGAAACAAACGCUACGCCAUCAACCCGGUUGGGCACAAGUGGACUCACCACAACCUCACGUACAGGAUCAUAAAGUUUCCGAACACUCUGAACGUCGAGGACACGAGGAAGGCCAUCAGCAUCGCCUUCACCAAGUGGAGCGACGUCUCUCCCCUGACCUUCACCGAGAUUACCAAUGGCAAUGCUAGCGCUGACAUCACCAUCGGUUUCUACACCUUUAACCACACUGACUGCUGGUGGUCUCCUCUCCACCCAUGUUUCGAUGGGCUGAAUGGCGAGCUGGCUCAUGCCUUCCUGCCUCCACGGGGGGAAAUCCACUUUGAUAACCACGAGUUCUGGAUCCUUGGCAAGUCCAGAUUCAGCUGGAAACAAGGGGUGUGGCUAAACGACCUGGUCCAGGUGGCGGCUCAUGAGAUCGGCCAUGCUCUUGGUCUGUGGCACUCCAGAGAUCCCAAGGCUCUGAUGCAUCCCAAUGCCACCUACACCGGACAGAGGAACAUCGCCCAGGAUGACAUCUGGGGCAUCCAGAGACUCUAUGGCUGUCUAGAUAAGAAGCGGGUCUGUGACCCAUGGGCUAGGCUUGGGUUUUGCGAGCGGAGGAAGACCUUCAUGAAGAAGAACUGUCCUCAGCGCUGUGACCUCUGCUACGAGCUUCUGGAAGCUGUUACCACACCAACGCCUCCGCCGGCCAACGUCAAGAUCAAGAUGGUACCCCGUGGCAAGGUGGUGGGUUUCCGCUGUGGAACCAAAAACCCCCACUCACCACCAAAAGUCAGCUGGUAUAAAGAUGGUGAACAGAUCCUGACCUCCAUCCCCGGCUACAUUGUCAUGAAGGACAGAGACCUUCGCAUCGUCGCCAACGAGUUCAAUGAGGGUGUUUAUACCUGCCGAAUCCAUCGCCGGGGAGACAUUGUGUCUGCCAACUCCUGGGCCAUUCGACUGAAACCAGAACAGCCCUCAAACAGCUGAGGACAAUACAAUGAAGCAAUGAAUGAAAGGAGGAGCUGGUUUUAGGCUUCUCAACAACAUUUGGUAUAAUUUGGAUCUGUGGAUGAAGAUUGGAUGACGUUUGAUCUGAAAGGAGGUUGUUUUGAACAUAUUUUCUGUUUUGUGACUCCAAGCUGGACCUGACUCAAUUGUUGCUGAUGGAAACAGACUUUGAAAGGUUCAAAAACUCUGGACCUGGAUGGUAAAGCUGUGGCAGCUCUGUGGGGCUACAUGACCUCCUGUCCUCGUAAUCCUCCUGGCGUGACGUCAUGUACCCAUAAACCUGUAGGACGUUAUUUACCUGUGAAAAUCUGACGGCAUGAUGUCAUGUCCUUGUAACCUUCCUGUAGGAUGUCACACACUCUCAUCUGGCUACAAUCACACAUACGAAAAAUCAACCCUUGCAAAUCUUCACCUCGGCAGCAAAGGGGCGACUAAAACCUUCGUGUGGGGUUCAACAUCUGUGAAUCUUGAUUGUCUUGAAGUCUCAUUCCCAACCAUGGACUAAAAAUGCAGCACAUCCAGAACUAACCACAUUUUGCCUCGCCUGGCAAUGGUCUUGCCUGGGUUUGCGUAUGUGUAAUUGUAACCCUCCCGUAGAAUAUCGGGUACCUGCAAUCCUCCAGGCAUGAGCAUCCGUGAUGUUCUUCAUGGUCCAGUUAUAACCCUGAUAGUUGUGCUGGCAGGAUCUCCUGAACCUGUUAUUGUCUGGGCAGGACGUGACAUCCACAUGUUGCUCCUGAUAUUUGUAUAGGACAUAAGACAUCCGUUAAACCCUGGUAGGAUGUUCUGUACCUCUUGUCUUCAUAAUCCUCUUGACAUGACGUGAUGUUCCUGUAGUUCUAGUGAUCCGUCAUGUCUCCAUGAUCCCCCUGAUAGGAUAUUAUGUACCUCUAAUCCUAACAGCAUGAUAUUGUGUCCUCCUAAUUGUGUAAAGCCUUUAUAAUUACAGUGGGAUGAUUGGUCCCUGUAAGAGUCUCAGCGGGAUGUCAGGACUUCAUAAUCUUCCUGAUGGGACCUAAAAUCCUGAAGAAAGUCCUGCGCCUGUAGUCCUCAUGGUUUGAUGUCAAGUCCCCGUAAUCAUCAUAUUUUCAUCAUCAGUGUGAUGUUCAGGUGUACCAGUAACAUCCGUACACGAUAGUGUCCCUGUAAUCAUCUCAGCUUUACCCUACGACCUUGUAAACAUCUUGUAAGGCAUCAAUGCUGGCUCUUUCAGACACAAUGCGAUCUGGGAACUCUCUGCAAUCAGAGUUCAACCUUAUUGAAGUUUGAUCGACACAGCAAACAACUGUUAUGGCGCAAAAGAUAACACGUUUCAGUGCGCAGUGCUGUCAUGUUGUCUGACCAGAUGUCUUUUAUAAUUCCUGUAGAGAUAUGUAUAAACCUGACGACCUGUAGUCUUUACUGAAUGACCUUAUAUUUACUCAUGUGUUUGUAAUGAUUCGAUGUUUGGUGAUUAUCAGUGUAGUGUUGUCUUCAUUCAAGCUUUAGCUCCAACAUCUGACCUCCAGACUGUAAAUAUAAAUCAUAUCUCCAGCUUACAUUUGAAUAUUGAGGUACUCACCUCCACCUCUGAGCUCUUCAGAGGGUUUUUGGGGUUGUGGCCACGAUUGGUUCUGCGGGUCAUGUGAUCCUGUCUGGAGCUGCUGAUUGGAUCGUUUUUUACGUCUCACUGUGAAGAUGACACGAUGUGACAUGAUGAGAUGUUUGAGUCAGUCACAAGUUUCAUUCUUUAAUGUUUGAGUUGUUGUACCCAUAAUUCAUAGCUGAUGUCUUUUACUUUGAACUAAAACAUUUUUCAUACAAAUAAAAACAUUUUUAAAUGUUGUGA